CUCGUUUAUUGAUUGAUCAAUGUGGUCUGUGCAUGUUGCAAAGAAAGAAACCGGUCCAUAGAGUACAAAUGCCAGGUCACACACUUCGUUAGCAGACACCGACCCACACACAUCGUCUCACAUCGUUCCCAGCACCAUCCGUCACAUCACCCCUUAGUAUACGACGGCGCCCCGCCCCACCCACUGCUCUCGCGAUAGUCCUGGUACCGCUGGGGCUCGCCCUCAAACCGGCCGAACUCCGCCCGCAUGCUGAGCGGAUGAAACCAACACACACGGCAGGGCAGGAUGUGAGAAGACAGGAUGCUGCAUAUGUGCGUUUGGCACUUACGCAGGAUCGCUGCGGCUGUACUUGGGCAGCAAGACCUGACAAUACACACACACAUAGCAACAAUCCCAUACACACGCUGGCGCUCUCUCUGUGUGUGGGUGGUGUGACCUUGUCGACGACGCCGUAGAGUUUGGCCUCGUUUGCCGUCAGGUAAAAGUCACGCUGCAACACACACACCCAUACCCACAAUCGUCACGGUCUCUCAAUCACAUGAAGGCCAUCUCCUGUGUGUGACCUCGAAGUCCUUCUUGAUCUUGGUCAGCGACUGUCCGGUGUGCUGUGCCAGCUUGGCCAGCAUCUACACAUCCAUCCAUCCACAUAUUGCACUGGGACAUUGCUCCUCCCUUUCUCCGCCCUCCCUGUCUGUGUCUGUGUGUCGUUUACCCGUUCGUUAUCCUUAUAGUUUUCGGCCACGUCGAUGGCGAGGUCGGUGGCCUGCCCCCGCAUGCCCUCCUCCAUGCCCGUCUUCUGCAUCAAGAAACGCGCGUUGGGCAGACAGAAUCGCUGGCCCUGCACACAAACACCCACACACACACACACAGCAACAAGUCGCUCGGAUAAGUGCGCAUCGGAGGCUUGAUUUGGUUGCAUGCGUAUCUACCGGUGUCCCCGCGGCGCAGAGGAAGGCACCCAUCCCGGUGGCCAGACCUGGCACAGAGGGAGAAUCCGACAGGCAGGGUUCUCAGACGAGCUUGUGUAUGCGUGUGAUCUCUCUCUCUCUCUGUCCUACCAAGGUUGAGUGUGCUGAUGGGGCACUCGACGCCUAUCAUGGCGUCGUAAAUGGCCAAUGACGGCUUCAUCAGUGCGCCCUGAUAGACAGACACCAUACACAAAACAAGCGCACACAAACAUAGUGAUUGCACGUCAGGAGAGUCGCAUGAGCGUUGGCUGGCUAAGAAGUGCUCCCUCCCUCCCUCCCUCCCUCCCUCACCGGCACGUUCAUGUAGAGACUGAUUGGCCGCGUGGAGUCCUCAGACCUCAGGUAAAGCAAUGUGGCGAUGAUCUGCACACAUACGCAACGCAUCAAUUGCUUGACGCACUGCAGUUAUCCCUCUCAUUUCCACGCACACAGACACCCACCUGAUUCGCGGCCUCCUCGUCUAGGAAUCUUCCGACAAAGAUUACCCGGUCGCGCAGCAGCCGCGUGUUGAGAUCCACCCACGUAUAAAAGUCAGAUCCAGGCGGUUUGUAAGGCACCUGAACACAACACAUCCAGAAGAGUCGUGUUGCUGAUCUCUCGAUGAUUGCGCACCUGUGGCGUUGUGCUGGGCAUCAUCACAGGCGUCCUCCUCGCUCCCAUCUGUGUCCUCCCUCGCCGCCUUCUCAUUGACUCGCGCAAUGAAGAGCCGCCCAGCGACCUGAAAGCUGCCUCUGAUCCCCUUGAUCUUGCCCAUGGAGCGUCUGUGGUGCUUGCCAAUGAGCUGACAGCACUGCACAGGCAGAGGCAAGCGAGAAAUCUGCGGGAUAGAUGGGAUGAGGUCGGUCGGGAGGAAGAUGCAGGUGACGGCUCCAUAGCGGACGAUGAAGGGCGUGGUACUAAGCACAUGGCAGCGCCAAACGGGCCCAGAUCAGCUG